UUUUUGUCUCGUCGAAAAAUAACAAAUUUCCCCACAAAAUGAGUCAAAAAAGCAAGGAACAUCGCGAAAAAAUCACAGACGACAUCAUGGACGAAGACACCACAGAUUCUUUGGACAUAAAACCCCCUCAGGCGCAGCGAAUGCACAAAAUGAAGAAAACUUCAAAAGACAAGUACGCGAAAUACAAACACCGAAGCCUCGAAGGUUAUGAAGAAAAAAGCUACAAACACAGAGAAUCGUCGCGAGAAUCCUCCCACAAAUCCGGUCAUUACGACAAACAAUAUUACAAGGAACGCUCGAGCCGUGAUGCUUACUACAAAUCACAAAAACAUCAGGAGGAACCUUCGGAAGCCGAUCGCAUGGCUGACGAAAUGCUCCAAGACUUACGCAGCAAAUUGCUCAUGAAACGCCACAAAUCGAGCGAAAGUGCGGCAGAACAGCAGCACCACCACCAAAGCGAAAAGUCGAAAAAACGCAGCAAAAACCGAGAUUUAGAGGAAAAAGAGGAAUGGAAAGCGAAGAGAAGUAAACAAAUCGAAAACGAUGAAGAGCUUUUGGCGAGAAAAAGUCGCAUUUUGAAAGCUGAACGUGAGAUGACGCAACGUAAGGAAAUGGCUCGCAAGGAAUUAGAAGCCCGGCGUGAUAAACUAUCGGAAAAGGCAGCUUAUAAAACGGAUAAAAAGGAUUACAAGCCAUAUGCGGAUCACGAUGACGACGAUGAAGAUGAUGAUGAUGAUGAAGAAGAUGAAGUUGUCAUGGUGUCAGAUCACAGUGAGGAGUCUAUCAGUCCCGUUUCCAGUCCGGAAUGCAUUGGACGAGAAGAUGACCCGAAAAAAUCCUCUGAGAGACGCGAAAGGGACCAAUCGGACAAGGAAAUGGAAGAUGAUAGAUCAAAUACUUCGAAAUCCCCUCGAGAUGGCAGUGAUGAUGAUACCGAAGAUCAUUCAAGCUCCACGUCAGAUGAUGAAGAUGAAGAAGAAGAAGAAGAUAACGAACCUCGUGAUGUUCCAAUGGAACAAGAAAAAGAUCAAAAAUCCCCUGAAAAUAAAGAAAAACCCGAAAAAAAGGAAGAAAUCGUAAAUGACUUACCAAGCUACUAUCCAGCUAUUCAAGGAUGUCGUUCAGUAGAAGAGUUCCAAUGUUUGAAUCGAAUCGAGGAGGGAACUUACGGAGUUGUUUACAGAGCUAAAGAUAAAAGAACUGACGAAGUUGUCGCUCUAAAACGAUUAAAAAUGGAAAAAGAAAAGGAAGGGUUCCCCAUAACCUCUCUUCGGGAGAUCAAUACUUUGCUCAAAGGACAACAUCCGAACAUCGUGACCGUGAGAGAAAUUGUCGUCGGUAGUAACAUGGAUAAAAUUUUCAUCGUCAUGGAUUACGUUGAACACGAUUUAAAAUCUUUGAUUGAAACGAUGAAACACAAAAAGCAAUCUUUCCUCCCGGGCGAAGUAAAAUGUCUUUUGCAACAAUUACUUCGAGCUGUUGCCCAUCUUCAUGACAACUGGAUUUUGCAUCGUGACUUGAAGACAUCCAAUCUCCUCUUAUCUCACAAGGGAAUUUUAAAAGUUGGCGAUUUCGGGUUAGCUCGCGAGUAUGGGUCACCUCUAAAGCACUACACGCCAAUUGUGGUGACUUUAUGGUAUCGCGCUCCCGAAUUACUUCUCUGCUGCAAAGAAUAUUCAACUCCCAUCGACGUUUGGUCCGUCGGAUGCAUUUUUGCCGAACUCCUAACGUUCCAUCCUCUUUUCCCCGGAAAAUCCGAACUUGACCAAUUGAAUAGGAUUUUCAAGGAUUUGGGAACGCCCAAUGAGAAAAUCUGGCCUGGGUAUAACGAGUUGCCAGCGGUGCAGAAAAUGACUUUUACUGAAUAUCCCGUUUCGAAUUUGAGGAAAAAGUUUUUCAAACAUACCAGUGAAUUUGGGUUGGCGUUGUUGCAGGGAUUGUUGACGUAUGAUCCGAAACAGAGGUUGACGGCAGAAGCGGCAUUGAAGUCAAAUUAUUUUAAGGAAUUGCCGCUGCCGAUAGAUCCAGCGAUGUUUCCAACGUGGCCCGCGAAAAGUGAGUUGGGAUUGAAGAAAGCUUUGGCAUCGAGUCCGAAACCGCCGAGUGGGGGAGGAGAGUAUAAGAGAUUAGGGGAAGAUAUAAAUGUGCCAGGGGGAUUCACGUUGUCAGCAGGACCGGGAUUUAGUUUAAGAUUUUAAAUUUA